GUUGGCUACUUCCGCUAGGUUGAGCACAGCGGAUUGCUUUGCCUUGCAGUUGUAUCAUGAUCUUGUUAUAGUGCUGUAUUACCUAUGAGAAGAGGUACUGUCACUGCUGGGAGUAUGCAUGGAUAAAAUGGGACGGUGUGGACAUUUCUUUCCCUCGCUGGAUGUGAUUAAAGGUGGGACGCCGUCAUGAACUGACCAAGCUAUCUAAAGUACUGGCACCUUCCUGCCUUGGGGCAGAGAGAAUAAGCAAGAAAAGGAGAUGGAGAAGAUUACUGCUCUCCACUUGUCAUCAGCCACUUUAACACUCUCAGAGAGAGACUGAAAGGGAUCAUCUGGCAUUCAGGGAGGAGAGUAAGACAAAGAAAAAACAUCCAAAGCUAUAAGCCACACUUAAUAAAGCAGACGAAAUGGCUUUCUUGGACAAUCCAGCUAUUAUCCUGGCUCACAUCAGACAGUCUCAUGUGACCAGCGAUGAUACAGGAAUGUGUGAGAUGGUACUAAUAGACCAGGAUGUGGAUCUGGAGAAGUGCCAGCUGGCUCUGGUGCCCGGCAGCAGCUGUGGGUCAACGGGGUCAGGCUCCCUGAGCGAGGGGGGCAGCAGUGUGACAGACAAUCAUGCCUGCGACCUCUCCCAGUCCAUGGACAUCACUUCUAGCUGGGACUUUGGCAUCCGUCGACGCUCAAACACAGCCCAAAGACUUGAAAGGUUAAGGAAAGAGCGGCAGAACCAAAUCAAGUGUAAAAACAUUCAGUGGAAAGAGAGAUCAUCCUCCCAAUCAGUGGAGGAUCUGGGAUCCCUAUUUGAAAAAUGGGACUUUAAAGACAGGCCACGGACAACAGGUACCAAAUCCACCCUUUCACUGCGGUUGGAGCAGUGUCCCCAGCAGCUAAACAACCCAUUCAAUGAAUACUCCAAAUUUGAUGGCAAGGGCCACAUUGGCACAACAGCUACAAAGAAGAUAGAUGUCUACCUCUCAAUGCAGAUGGCUCAGGAGAAAGUACAUCCAAUGACAGUGGUGACCAUCGCCAACGCCCGCGUCCAUGACCUCAUCGGGCUCAUCUGUUGGCAGUACACCAGUGAGGGCCGAGAACCCAAACUCAAUGAGAAUGUGAACGCCUACUGCCUCCACAUAGCUGAAGAUGAUGGCGAGGUGGACACCGACUUCCCUCCACUGGACUCCAAUGAGCCCAUCCAUAAGUUUGGUUUCAGCACUCUGGCCUUGGUGGAGAAAUACUCCUCUCCUGGCCUCGCUUCCAGACAGUCACUGUUUGUCAGAAUAAAUGCUGCUCAUGGUUUCUCUCUAAUCCCCGUGGACAGUCUGAAGGUAACCAUGAAGGAAAUUCUCCAGAAAGCACUCAAGAAGAGGAAAGGCUCACAGAAAGGCUCAGAUUUCAGGAGAGAAACUGGAGAUCGACCCUGUCACCAAUCAGAAAGCCAGCACUAAGUUCUGGAUUCGGCAGAAACCCAUCUCUAUUGACUCGGACCACCUCUGUGCCUGCGACCUUGUAGAGGAGAGAAGCCCCAGUCAUGCGAUAUUUAAGCUCACCUAUCUCAGCAACCACGACUACAAGCCACUCUACUUUGAGUCUGAUGCUGCUACUGUCAAUGAAAUAGUGCUAAAGGUGAACUAUAUCCUGGAAUCCCGGGCCAGCACCUCCCGGGCCGAUUACUUUGCCCAGAAGCAGCGGAAACUGAGCCGCCGGACCAGCUUCAGUUUCCAGAAAGACAAGAAGACCGGCCAGUAGACAAACUGAAGCUGCUCAGCCACCUGUCUGUCUGUC